AUGUUCCCGUGCCGCCCCCUGGCUCCGCCGGCCCCGCCGCGUGCUCCUUCCCUCGCGCGGCUUCCGCCGUCGUCACUGCGGCCGCCGCCGUCGUCGCUGCGCGUGGUGCGGUGCAUGGCGAAGGAGCGGCGGGUGCGGAUGGUGGCGAAGCAGAUCCAACGGGAGCUCGCCGACAUGCUCACCCGCGACCCCGUCCUGCAGCGCGCCGUGCUCCCGGAGGCCGCGCUCGGCGCCGACCGCUACCUCUCGUCGCUCACCACCAUCGCCGACGUCGAGCUCUCCAACGACCUCCAGGUGUGCAAGGUGUACGUGUCGGUGUUUGGGGACGAGAGGGGGAAGAAGGUGGCUAUUGAGGGGCUCAAGGCCAAGACCAAGUACGUCAGGAGCCAGAUAGGCAAGCGGAUGAAGCUGCGCCUCACGCCGGAGAUAAGGUUCAUCGAGGAUGAGUCUAUGGAGCGUGGAAGCAGGAUCCUUGCUAUACUUGACAAACUAAAGGAGGAAAGGGAGCAACAAGAAGGAAAAGAUGGAGAGGAAGAUGUAGAAGGUUCAUAUAUAUCAGAAGAAGAAGAUGGUGACUGGGAUGCAGAUGAGCCAGAUGAGGAGGAUAUCAUUUACGUAAAAUAG